AUGCCGCCGACAGCCUGGACGAAUACUGCUUCUACACCAUCUACACCACCCUCUCCGAAUACACCUUUACCGGAAGCACAACAAUCUCCUCCGGCGAUGGCACUCUCCUCCGACGAUGGCUCCUCUGGCGGAAAGUCUCAUGGCUUGACUGACAAGAAACGAUCCCCUCGAGUAAAGCGCAGCCAUCAUGGAGGAAGUUCCGGCACAUCCACCGGGCCGUGCAAUAGCACCGUGGAAGUGACAUCCAUGUACGCUAGUGCGAAGGCACGGUGUAGUGAGACGGGGCUGAAGGCUACUGUGCCGCACUGGCAGAGUUUGCGUGCGGAAAAUAGUCUUAAGUUGAUGGAUCUGGCUGGGGUUGAGGCGAAUCUUACAGAUUUGUAUAUUGGGAAUUUGCCGGAGAUUGAUCUGGAUGUGAAUAGUACGGAGACUACUGAAACUAUUCAAAAACCAGUUUUGUCCAGCGAGGCUUACUAUAAGAGGGCUUGGAAAUCUUAUGUUGAUGGUCCUCGUUGA